AACCAUAUUUUCUGGUCAUCAUCAUCACAUCAUCGCCGCCCAUUGCCGCCAUAAUCCGCCGCCGGAAAUCGCCUACCGCCGCCGGUCACCGUCCGAGCCCAGCCGAUCGCUACCGCGUGCCAACGCCCGCAGUCGCGCCAAGCCGAGCCCAGUCCCAGCGCCCAGCGACGCCUGAUUGCCACCGCGAGUGCCCAGCGACGUCCCGCGUGCUUCCCGCAUCGCCCGCUCGCAUAUGUUGCUCGCCAUCGCCGAUUGCGAGGUCCCAGCGCUUGUCCAGUUCACGCACGUCAUACCUUGCGCGCCCAGGAGACUUGCAGUGCACGCCCGCGUGGUCCCAGACGCGUUCGCCCCAAGUUCUGAUGAACAGGACCAUACGCGAGGGCACUCACGUAAGGGAACAUGUUCUUGCUAUGAUGGCCCAGCUUAAUGAGCUGGAGGUUCUUGGGGCUUUUAUUGAUGGGGAAACCCAGGUCGAUAUAGUGCUCCAGUCUUUGCCGAAGAGCUUCGAGCAAUUCCGGUUGAAUUACAACAUGAAUAAGAUGUUGAUGACUCUUCCGGAACUUGUUGCUGAGCUUCAGGCGGCAGAGAUCCUGUUUCGUCUGAAGACCCAAGCUAUGGUGGCCCAGCGGGGAGAAGCUUCCACUUCUAAGGCUCCUAAGGGCAAGAAGAGGAAGAAAUCCGCAGGGAAGGGAAAGGAGGUCAUAAGUGACGUGAAACCUCGACAAAAGGCGAAGAAGCCGAAAGGCAAGUGCUACAACUAUCAGCAGAAAGGACACUGGAAGGCAAACUGCCCUCUUCCCAAGAAACCCGAAAAAGGUACUCCUUUUGCUUUAGUCGUUGAAACAUGUUUAGCGGUGUUAUCUACCAAUACCUGGUGUGUAGAUACGGGGGCCACUGAUCAUGUCUGCAAUUCAUUGCAGGAGUUCCAGGAAACCAAAGCCACUCAGCCGGGUAUACCAUGGAGGCUUGAAACUGGGGCCGAAUCAGUGAGAUUUCAGGAAAUAACAACCUUUCAAGUCAGUCAUGUCAGUUAUUUUAUCAGUCAUGCUAUCUUAAGUUACGACUUUCAGAAGUCAAGAUCAGCUAACUACUUUGUACUUGCGGGACCAGUUGAUACUGGAGCAGCCCUAUAUAGUACAGAGUUCAGAUUCAUGAUUUUCAGUUCAU